GGUCUGGGUGGCCGGGGUGCUGCGUCCGCGGACGGCCGAGCGGCGGCAUCAUGAGCCAGCGGCAGGUGCUGCAAGUGUUCGAACAGUACCAGAACGCCCGGACCCGGUUCGUGCAGAUGGUGGCGGAGCAGGCAACCAGACCCCAAAACAUCGAGACACUGCAAAACGCGGGUGUAAUGUCUUUGCUGAGGCCUCUGCUUCUGGAUGUGGUCCCAACCAUUCAACAGACUGCUGCUUUGGCCCUGGGAAGACUGGCUAAUUAUAAUGAUGACUUGGCAGAAGCAGUUGUGAAGGGUGACAUUCUUCCACAACUUGUCUAUUCAUUGGCAGAACAGAAUCGUUUCUACAAGAAAGCAGCUGCCUUCGUGUUGCGAGCAGUUGGUAAACACUCUCCUCAGCUAGCUCAGGCUAUAGUUGAUUGUGGAGCCUUGGACACGCUGGUGAUCUGCUUAGAAGACUUUGACCCUGGAGUCAAGGAGGCUGCAGCCUGGGCACUGGCAUAUAUAGCACGACAUAAUGCAGAACUGUCACAAGCUGUGGUGGAUGCAGGAGCCGUUCCUCUUUUAGUACUCUGUAUCCAAGAGCCAGAAAUUGCUUUGAAAAGGAUUGCUGCCUCAGCCCUCAGUGAUAUUUCAAAGCAUUCUCCAGAAUUAGCACAGACGGUGGUGGAUGCAGGAGCUAUUGCUCACUUAGCCCAGAUGAUUCUCAACCCUGAUGCAAAAUUGAAGCACCAGGUCCUGUCAGCUCUUAGUCAGAUUGCAAAACACUCUGUGGAUCUGGCAGAAAUGGUCGUUGAAGCAGAGAUUUUCCCAGUUGUGCUCACCUGUCUGAAGGACAAAGAUGACUAUGUGAAGAAAAAUGCUUGUACUUUAAUUAGAGAGAUUGCCAAACAUACACCUGAGCUUUCACAGCUGAUAGUGAACUCAGGAGGAGUUGCGGCCGUGAUCGAUUGCAUUGGGUCCUGCAAAGGAAACAUACGGCUGCCUGGCAUCAUGAUGCUUGGUUAUGUGGCUGCUCAUUCUGAGAACCUGGCCAUGGCUGUGAUCAUCUCCAAGGGUGUGCCCCAGCUGUCAAUAUGUCUGUCAGAAGAACCAGAGGAUCAUAUUAAGGCCGCUACUGCUUGGGCCUUAGGACAAAUUGGGAGACACACUCCCGAACAUGCACGUGCUGUUGCUGUCUCGAACACUUUGCCAGUUCUGUUAUCAUUGUACAUGUCAACAGAGACUUCUGAGGAUCUUCAGGUGAAAAGUAAAAAAGCCAUAAAGAAUAUCAUACAAAAAUGCACCUACCUACCAGCCCUUGAGCCAUUCCUAUAUGAUGCACCUCCCAAUAUUCUGAAGCAUGUGGUUGGACAGUUCAGUAAGGUGCUGCCGCAUGACAGCAAAGCUCGAAGACUUUUUGUAACCAGUGGUGGACUUAAAAAGGUCCAAGAGAUAAAAGCAGAACCUGGUUCUCUCCUUCAAGAAUACAUCAACAGUAUUAACAAUUGUUACCCAGAAGAAAUAGUAAGGUAUUACUCCCCUGGAUACUCAGAUAUACUUCUGCAGAGAGUGGACAGCUAUCAGCCACUUACUAACUGAACAAAGUUAUAUUAAAAUUCACAGGAGAUGAAUGACAAUUGCCAAUGAUCUAAAUAUUUGAACUAAGUUCACUCUAGUUUUAUUCAAUGUGGAAUUAUCUUCAGUUGAUAUUUUCUAAGUUAGUAUAAUACUUUAAAAAUUAGUAUCUGGAAUAUAUGAAGGACUAGUCAACAGUCAUUGACAUGAUUGGUAUUUGACCUACAAAUAGAUUUUAAGACAAUAAAGGGUGUUAGGAGAGCUUAUCAUUUUUCUGAAAACCAAUACCCAAACAUGACACACACCCUUGCAACUAGAAAUAGAUGAGAAAUGCUAUUCAGAAUCCUUAGUUAUUUUGGCCACUUUCUCAUAAACAUAAGUAAGGAAAACUGGCCCUGAAAAGGAUAUAGAAGGAAAAUACCUGAGAGAGGAAUCUGGUGGCAGGAAUACAGGACCCAUGAAAGAGACUUGGAUGCUGAUUACAUAAAUGCAUUGACUAAACACACAAAUCUCUGGAUAACCUGUCAGGUUUUUCUAAGAAUUUAGGAAAGUUCUCCUCUGUAUCAGUGAGUGAGGCCCUUUCAUUCUCCCUCUGCCUGAAACAGUCCUUAACUUUGAUGGGUCUGUCUAGAAGAAAAGCCACCGUUCUCUGGCAAACAUGCUAUCCAUUCUCAUUAGAAGAGCCCUAUGACUCACAUUGAAGGACACAGACACGAAAAUGAUGUCUUCAGCACUCCCUUGUCCCAGAUUGAACUUCCCAAAUUUCGGAAGUCACAUUUUCAGGGAUUUAAGGUAUAAUUUGACUAGAAUGCCAUCAGGCUCUGAUUUUUAUGCACUGCACAUAGGAAGC